CUUCAGAGAAAGAAACUCUCUGUCUGCAUCUCUCUCUCUCUCUCUCUCUCUCUCUCUCUCUCUCGCUCUGCCUCUGAGACUUCCAAAUAUAAAGAACUGCUUUCUUCUCCACUCUUUCUCUACCAUCUUCAACCUCAAGACCAUCUCCUUCCUCUUCUUCUGAGUGAUGGGGGUGAGCAGCCGCUGUUCUCACACUUCCCACAUCACAGAAAUCAUCAUCACCAGCUUCUUCCGCCACAAAGCGUGAUUCUUUGCCUCAAACCCGAGCUUCUGAUCGCCAUCAAAACCAGGCGGUGAUGUCAGCUUGAACAAUUUAACAAACGCGAACUAAACAAUACUAAUUCAUCGGAGUGUUCAGAAGAGUAACAUGGCCGGUGGUAGGGUCUAUAGCGGUGGUGCUUCUUCGUCCAGCUUAAGUGUUUUGCUUCAGAAUCAGAGGGGCCCUUGUGCUUCUGAGCCUCUUGAUUCUCUGUUCCUUUCUGGGUCUUCUAAUUCUUCCUCUGCUUCUCCUUUUCUGGGUUCAAGAUCUAUGGUGAGUUUCGAAGAUGUUCGUGGAGGAAAUGGAUCGAAUAGGUCAUUGUUCCACCAGUAUGAGCACGAAGACAAUGGGGACGACGACUUGGAUGAGUAUUUCCAUCAACCUGGAAAGAAGAGGCGGCUAACUGUUGACCAAGUCCAGUUUCUUGAGAAAAGCUUUGACAUGGAGAACAAGCUUGAACCGGAAAGGAAAAUCCUUCUCGCAAAGGACCUUGGCUUGCAGCCUAGGCAAGUUGCAAUAUGGUUCCAGAACCGCCGGGCAAGGUGGAAAAAUAAACAGCUGGAGAAGGAUUACGAGGUUUUGCAAGCCAACUACAAUAGUCUCAAAGCUGAUUGUGAGAGCCUUGCUGAAGAAAAUGAUAAACUAAAGGCUGAGGUUCUUGUUCUCUCAGGAAAGCUGCUCCACAAAGAGAAAGAGAGUGAAACCUCGGAACUCUCUGAUACCAACAAAGUGUCUCAAGAGCCACCGCAGAAUCCAACAGCCGAUUCGCUCUCAGAGUGUGAAGUAUCGAAAGUCUCAGCUGUGGCCUCUAAGCAGGAAGAUCUCAGUUCAGGCAAGAGUGAUAUAUUUGAUUCAGAUAGCCCACAUUACACUGAUGGGGUUCAUUCUUCAAUAUUGGAGCCUGGAGAUUCUUCAUAUGUUUUUGAACCUGACCAGUCAGACCUUUCCCAAGAUGAAGAAGAUAACUUGAGCAAAAGCCUGUUGCCUCCAUACAUCUUCCCAUAGCUCGAAGAUGUUGAUUACUCUGACACGCCUGCAAAUUCAUGUCAUUUCGGAUUCCCAGUGGAAGAUCAUGCCCUUUGGUCCUGGUCUUACUAAGUUUUCUUUGGCAAAUUCAAAUCCAGGGUCAUUGUCUCCUUGUUUAAAGUAUAUGGCAUAGAAGUGAGAAUAAGUCCAAGCAAUGGCACCCCGAUCCGGAUGUGGUGGUGGGAUUAGGUUUCAAUGCAAACGAUGGUGGUAUUUGCCCCAUUUGUAAUUCUGUUUUUGUUGGGGUUCUUUGUGUUUAAUGGACCAUUUUUGUUUGGAAUGUAAUUAAAUAAAAUUCUCAUGUUAAGGAA